AGUCCUCAUAGAACACUUCACUUGUAGUUGGAACUCAGAUCGAGGAAGAUAUACUGCUAAUUGUGACUGAUAUUUGCAGAUCGACAUCUAUUUUAUUACCAUGAUGAAGGCCCAAGUUUUCCUCCUUGUUGCGGUGAUGGUUUUUGGAAUGGUCCACGCACAACGGUGCUACAGCUGUUCUUCAUACACGUCAGAAAGUGACAAUAGCGCCUUUGACAGCAUGGCUUUAGAGCUCCCGGCUUGUGACGAGAACUACGAAGAAAGUACCACGGAUUGCAGUGUAGCGGGAGGUUGCCUGAAAGCAAACUACGACUUUGAAUUCGACGUUGAAGGAGAGGGUAGAGUGAGCGUCUCACAAGUCAUACGGACCUGUGGAGCAGCUGCGGAUGCAUGCGAGAGCGCCACCGAAUCACAACUCAACGCCCAACGAGACGCGAUCAACAACGCGCUCCCCGAUACCAUUCAGUUCGUCUCCGGGAGUUCUUUUUUUCCUUUGAAUCAUGCGAUGUCGGGUAUCAUGCGAAGGCGCGAUGACCUUGUGGUGGAGCAGUGA